CAUCUCGAAUUGCUGUCAUGGUGCAGGAAAACAAAUCUUUCAACGUCACGUGAUUUAAAAUGGUGUUCAGUGCAGACGACAUUUUUCACGGGAAUGAAAUGCACAAACCAUCACUGCUAAGUCGAAAAGCCAAACUGUGAUCGAGUUUAUUGCAUGUCAGGCAUUUUCAUGUCAGUUUAAAAGAAUCGCGGAUUAAAAACUGGCAAUGGCAGUUUGAAAGUCCGAACCUUUUAAGCAUGGGAGUAUAACAGCAUUCACUACUCGGAUAAAUAAACUUUUGAAGUUUUAGCUGCUUUACACAACAAACUGCUUAUUGUUGGGAUUAAAAGAAAAACGCCAUAAAGUAUACCGGUACUUCUCGUAUUAUUAAUAUUAUUGAAGUUAUAUCCACAACUGUGGAUGACUGAAGACAUAUACAACAAACUAGUGAUGGGAAUUUAUAAGUGAAGCCGGUUGAUGCUCCAUCAUUAAAGCUCUCAAAACACAUUCUAGACAUUGAUUUUUCACCGACGCCGUCGCCGACGAGGCAAAGAUGAGCGCAAAGCGGAAGAAGAAGGACGACAAGCCGCCGCCGGCGACGGGUCCCGGAAGUAAGAUCAUCUCGCUCAACGACGCUCUCAAGAAACACAUUAAGCGGACAGAGGGAAACAAGGUUCACCUAAAGUUCGGCACGUGCAACAUAAAAUCACUACCCAUCGAGAUAUGGGCGAACGAGGAACUCGCCGAACUUACAAUCAAGCUCAACUGCGAAAACAACAGGAUGAAGCGGUUACCAAAAAGCGUCGCCGUCUUGGUAAACUUGGAAUACAUCAACAUCCGGAACAACGCUCUAAGCGCGUUUCCGGGCUCCGUAUCGAGGCUGAAAAAGCUGGUUGAAUUGGACAUCACGAAUAACAACAUUAAGAAACUGCCUCCUGCUAUCCACAAGGCAUCUGGACUGACAACGCUGCACGCGUCCAACAAUAAAAUCCGAGCACUUCCGAAAAACAUCGGAAAAUCGACGUCGCUCAGCUACGUAGACGUGUCGCACAACCUGAUUAAAUCCUUCAAGAAGGGAGUUUACGAGUUGUCGGCGACGGUUGUCCUGUCGCAUAACAGAAUAACCGACAUGCCGCCGGCAACAGUGAAGAAGCCGAAUAUUCAGCGAUUGGAUCUCUCCCAUAACGGCAUCAGUCAUAUGCCGGAAACCAUUGAAAAACUACAACGGCUGACCUGGCUUGAUCUUUCCCAUAAUUCACUGGACGAACUUCCGGCGGAAAUAGGAAAGGUGCGCUUUCUGCAUUAUUUCAACCUGUCUAACAAUCACAUUAAGGCCCUACCGCAGGAGAUAUGGAACUUGGGAACUGCUUUAAGUACGUUUUUGCUCGGACACAACGAAAUGGGCGUUUUACCAGACGAUAUUCAAAAACUUACAAAACUAAAAGAACUCGAUGUUUCCGGAAACAAGCUUGAGUACCUGCCGGAAGGCCUGAAGGAGUGCGCAUGUCUGCAGCUAUUGGACGCCUCGGAAAAUCAACUAAACUCAAUGAAAUUUGCGGUGUUCCUAAAAUCUCUUGAAGUUUUGAAAGUUGGUAAAAACAACAUUGAAGUCAUUCCAGUGGAAAUUGUCGGCAUGAAAAAUCUUGUUGAACUGGGUGUUUCUGAAAAUAAAAUCAAAGUGCUGCCUGACUGUGUAGGGAGUAUUAAGACCCUCAAACGUUUGUUUAUUGCUAAAAACAAGAUAAGCUCCCUACCCGAGUCUUUGGGACACGACCAAGUGCUGACCCAUUUGGAUAUCUCGAACAACAGCCUUACUGCUCUACCACAUGACUUGCGGAAAUUGCGCAACCUCGAAGAAUUCCGCUUGGCGAACAACGACAUCGCUGGAAUGCCAAAGUCGAUUGAUUUCUUGUACCAAAUACGCGUCUUAGAUGUCGCCGGCAAUGGAUUCACGGAAUUGAACGUUCCCAAAACUCUAACAGAAUUGCAUCUGUCCGGAAAUCCCAUCACCAUCAACUACACCGAUCACCGCUCAGCUCUUGUUGUCAUCGGCGAUAAGGACCAUCUCCGGAACCUGACGUCACUGGAACUGUGUAAUCUGGGAUUGGAAGAGGUGCCACCUAGCGUGUACAAUCUGCGCAUGCUCAAGCAUCUGAACGUGUCGAACAACAGCAUUAAAACACUAGGCGACAACAUCUGUAAGAUGCGAGGCCUGGAAUCCUUGGUGGCGGACCAAAAUUUCCUGACGGGACUUCCGGCAAACAUCAGCGCCCUCCAGCGGCUACACAACGUCUCCCUUGCGGACAACAACGUGGAAGAGUUCACCGGGGGCCUUCUGCAAUGCAUGGCGCUUGAAACGCUAAAACUGUCGCACAAUAAAUUAAAGCUGCUUCCGGAGAAUUUCGGCCGGCUGAACAAGUUGAUCCGCCUUGAUUUAUCAAACAACGAACUACUCACAUUCCCAAAGGACCGGAUCGACAUCCUGGCGUCGCUGCUGACGCUGAACUUGAACCAGAACCACAUUGAUCAGAUGCCGAUCGACUUCCCGUACCUGUAUCGUCUUCAGGAGCUGCGCGCAGCCGGAAAUGAUUUAGAGGCACUUCCGGGUGAGCUAGACAAGUUGAAGUCGCUCGAAGUCAUGGACAUUUCUGACAAUAUCAUUGAAGUUUUACCCGAGAGUAUAUGUAAAAUACCGAAUUUACGAGAAUUAAACGUGUCCGGUAACAAAAUUACUCGAGGUUUUCCAAAGGCCUGGGAGAAUUUACGGGCUCGAGCUGAAGUGAACAUGGCCGAGCAGUCGUCUGUAAAGAAGCGGGAGCCGCGCGAUCGCCCUAAGCCAGUGGAGUCGGAGACGCAAAUAAGCCCCAAAGCUGGGAGGAAAGGCAAGAAGGGGAAAAAGGGCGCAAAAUCUGCCCCGCCGAUACCCACGGGGUCCUAGUAUGAGCAACUGCUCAUGCGCGUCAAUAACUUUCAGCAAUACAUGUGAUAAACUAGCCAAUAGUUUUAAUUUAUUAAACUACGAUUUACACGUAGUUUUCAGGAUUAUCGAUAUAAUUAGGAUCGUUAUGAAACUUUUGUAUUAUGCUUAAAUGUAUACGUUUGCAUUUUUUCAGUUUAUACAUGAGUGUACGUAAGAUAGAUUUCACGUAAUGAAUGACCUGAAAGUAAAAAAACAAAUAUAUGUUUAUAAUGUUUUGAUUAUUUACAUGAUUACAUUAUUUAAAAUGCAGAUUGACGUAAAUAUACCGGUAAAUUCAGUUAGUACAUCUUUGAAAUUGAAAUAACAAGAUAUAUUCUGAAAGUGCACAAGCAAACUGUAUUUUACUGUUUUACAUUGUAUUGUUUUCUUUUUAAAAGUUUCAAUUAAAAACUAGCAAAUAACAUCACAAGCGUAGUGGAAGUGUUAUUAAAAAAGAAAGUGUACUAGUAUAUGACGUAAACACGUUGAUUCUUCACUUUGUUGAUCAAUUAAAACACGAUGUUCAACUAUAAUUUGUCAAUAUGGUGACGUUCUUUGCUUUGAUGCAUCAUUUGUUGUUUGUGUAAAUUGUUGACUGGAUGUAAACUAAUGUUUUAUUUUAUAAACUAUUAUUAAAAAGCGACUGCGUAUUUAA